GAUAUUAACAUGCUAUCAAAUUCUGAAACUCCUCAGAACUUAGAGCUGCAUGAACCAGGAAAGGCUGUAGAGAAAACAAAGUCACCUGGAGUGGAUCCGAAACAGUUAGCAGCUGAACUCCAAAAGGUUUCCCAGCAGCAGACACCUUCUGUUGUGUCUUCUGCAAUGGAGAAAGGAUCAUAUAUUCAUUCAGGAACAACAUCAACAGGCUCAAGUGCAGUCCCUAGCCCUGGCCAGCCUGGCUCCCCUUCAGUAAGCAAGAAAAGACACAGUAGUAAGUCCACUGAAGCAAUAAAACCACAUUCACACCCUAUUACUGGUGACAUUCAGGUAUGUAAAUCUCAAUUUCUUUUUUUUUUUACCUUUAUAUGUGGAAUUAAACAUUUUGGUGAUAUUCAGGGAUUUUUUUUGGGGGAUAACAUG